AUGAUGUUGAACAGUGACGUCAUUUCAGACAUCUUAGAUCGUGUGGAUGGCACGACUCUUGCAAAUGCGGGAUGUGUUUCUUCAGAUUUUUGGUCAGUUGCAAGGCAGGAGAGGAUGUGGGAAAAAGCUUGCUGUUCUAUGUGGCCUUCAGUGCAGGACACAGAUGCUAAAAAUUUGAUCUCUGCUUCCUUGGGUGGAUUCAGAAAUUUUUAUGCAAGCUGCUUCCCAUUCGUUACUUAUGAAACAAUUCUCAGCGAUUCCAUUUGCAAUGAACUGAAAUUCAAAAAGUUAUGUGAUAGAGUUGCUGUCCCAUCUGAUUUUGUCUUAAUGGUGGAUGUGCAUUACAAAGAUAAAGUCAUCUUUUCCAAAGUUGUUUGGGGAAUCCCUGCUUGUGGAGAUUCUAAGGGGUGGUUCUGCAACUGCCCUUUCAGAAUUGACAUCAUUAACGUUGAUGAGGAUCACAAUGUUACAGAUGGGGUUUCGACAAAUGUGCCCGUAGGCACCCUGAAGAAGGAUGAAGAAUUUUGGGGACGUUUUAUGGAAAAUAUUAAGUUAAGCUGGAUUGUUAUAAACAGGAGAACAGGUAAAGCUGCUAAUCUUUCAAGCCGGAGUCCUUUGUCUGGGAAGAGAGAUUGGCCAUCAGAUAAUGAUUUUGUAAUUUGCUUUGGCUCCAUAUUACCUGUCCACGAAAUAUUGCGUUGCAAAGCUGUGCUAUGCAAGCUGGUAAUGAAGUGUAGAGUCUCAGACAGUGAUGAUAGCAGCUUGAAAGUCACUGAACUGAGGAUGGUGUUGGAAGAUAUGAUAGGAGCUCAUGUUAAUAAGAGAGAUAGUCUGGUAAUCCUAGAAAGAGCUCUAGCGUGUACAAGGACUGUAAUUUACAAUCAGACAUUGGAAUGUUAUCAUAAAUACUUGAGUGAACAGAUAAAACUUAGGGAAGCAAAGAUGAAAAGUGAAGAUUGUCUGGAUACUCUUUCUAUUUUGAGUGGCAUUGUUGCCUUUGCUUCGUUUUGGUCUUUCGUUUUCAGAUUGAGUGCAGCUAUCUUCUAG